UCCCAGAGCUCGACGACAUCUCGACAGUUGCAAUUUGGGCGUUGCGGUUGGAACAACGCGUUGCCAGAACUGGCAGAACAUUUGUUUUCCUCAUUCCGUAUUUCCCACUCGCUGUCAUAUCGGCAUACGGCAUUCUUACAUUCUUACGUGCUUGCAUAUGUACUUUGUGCGGCUAACAGGCGUAAUUAAUUGACAAGUUGCUGGACAUAUGUACAUGCAUAUAUAUCAAGUGCGGGCCGGCCUCUGAGUUCUCCGUGUUCGCAGCUCAAAAAUUAUCACUUAAAAUCAAUUAGGAGCCGGAGUGAACACACAACCAAAUCAAAUUUAAUCACAAAUAAAGCGAUGCCAGGAAGGAAAAAACAGCUCCACCACAAAAGCAACAAAGCCAGGCACCAGCCUCACCAGAGAGCGGAGAGGAACGGCAACGGACAGCAGAGCCAGUCGGAGAAGGAGUCUGAGAAUGGCCCCACCGCAGAGCCUGUCCCCGGCCCCUUCCGCAUUGCACAGUCCGAGGUGUAUGGCCGCUAUCUGGUGGCUAACCGGCAGCUUGAGGCGGGCGAGCUGCUUAUCACGGAGGAGCCACUGGUCAUCGGUCCGUGCGUGAGUGGGGACGCCGUGUGCCUGGGUUGCUACCAGCCGGUGGGGCUCGGGAGGGACCAGUACCGGUGCCCUGGGUGCGGGUGGCCGCUGUGUGAGGCCAGUUGCCCGGGCCUGGGCCGACGCGUCGGCCACACCACCGAGGAGUGCGCUCUGUACGGGGAGCGGAGACCGGCCGUCGCGGAGUUGCUCAGCGAUCGCACGAGCCCGUCGAGUGUGAGGGACCUGUACGAGUUGGUAAUGAUCGUGCGGAUACUGCUGAUGCGCACACAUGCUCCGGAGCAGUUCGCUCUGAUUGCCCGCAUGGAGUCGCACACGGAGGAGCGGCGCAAGAACGCUGCGCUCUGGUCACACUACGAGCAGAAGGUGGUAGGACGUCUGCGCGACGAGUGGAAGCUAGGGGAUCUGGCGUUGGAGGAGGGGGCUCGGACGGUGCACGAGAUCUGCGGCAUCCUCGACGUCAACUGCUUCGAGAUCGGCCAGAAGGGGGCCAAGGCGCGGACACUAUAUCCUAGCGCCUUCCUGCUCGCGCACGACUGCAGCCCGAACACCGCACACACGGACGACCCCCGGUCCUUCGCCAUCCUGUUGCGCACCUCUCGGCGCGUUAGCGAGCAUGAGGCCUUGACGCUCAGCUAUGCGUACACGCUGCAGGGAACCCUCAAGCGGCGCUCGUUUAUGUACGAGGGCAAGCUGUUCUGGUGCCGCUGCCGACGCUGCGCCGACCCGCAGGAACUUGGAAGUGACUGCAGUGCGAUCGUUUGCCCCGCCUGCCAGCAGGGCACGGUCCGGGCGGUCGCGCCCCUGGAGCAGACUGCCGACUGGGCCUGCGAUCGCUGCGACCACCAAACGAAGGUCCUCGACCUGGAGCGUCAAAUGGACCACAUCAACAACGAUCUGGAGGCCAUCGACGUUCACGACAUACCCGGACUGGAGAACUUCCUCGUACGCUACCGGAAAACUCUGCGCCCCAACCACUACCUUCUGCUUUCGGCCAAGUACUCUCUGUGCCAGAUCUACGGUCGCAUUAAGGGCUACCUUCUGUCCGAAAUGUCGCCCCAGGACAUAGCCCGCAAGGAGCGCUACUGCCGGGAGUUCCUGGCCAUAAUCGACUUGCUGGAGCCAGGCCUGACCCGCCUUAGAGGACUCAUCAUGUACGAGCUACACGCCCCGGUAAUGGUAUUGGCGCAGAUGGGCCUGCAGAGUGGCGAGAUCUCGCGGCAGGACUUCCAACGCCGGGUCAAGGAGGUAGCCAAGCUGCUGCAGAACAGCCGCGACAUCCUGCUAUUGGAACCGGAGGGGUCCAGCGAGCACGAAAUGGGCAUGGCUGCUGCCGAUGCAGUCACCAAAAUGGGCCUCUAAACAACUAUUCUAAGCAGUAAUAAACGUUGUAUAAACCCUCU